CAGAAAUUGAAAAAUUAACUAAACUCGGUGAGUUGGUGCACGAUCAAGCUUUUUCUGAAUGAGCAUUGAUUUUUUUCUUUCCACAUGCGUAGCGAUUUCUUCCAUUGGAUUUCUCGUUACUCAUUAAAAUGUUAAUCGUGUUCCUUUACAACAGAAUUACUUAUACUGAACAAAAUGAACUUGCGAGGCACCAUCCCGGGAGAAAUUUUCAAGAAGGUGACCCGACUGACGGAACUUAAUCUUAGCAACAACCACUUCGGUGGACAAAUCCCAACCUCCAUCGGUCACCUGAAAGAUAUUCAGGGAUUUUUCUUGGGCGAAAAUAAGUUGACGGGAACUAUACCGCGACAAGUGGGACUUAUGGUCGAUUUAAAACGAUUCGAAAUAGAUGGCAACAACAUUGGCGGAACGAUUCCUAACCUUAUUUCUGCUCUAAAUAGUCUGGAAGGAUUCAAGCUGAGUCGAAACUCGAUAACGGGUACGAUCCCUCCGGACAUUGGGAAUUUACAUCGAUUGGUUGAAUUGGAAUUCGAAUCCAACAAACUGGAAGGAAAAGUCCCACCAGAAAUAGGCAAUCUGGUAAAUCUCAAGCAAGCUCGAUUGUACGAUAACAAUCUUACAGGAGAUGUGCCAAAAGAAGUGUGUGCAUUAACUAAAGACGAGGAUUUGGCAUAUUUGGGGGUCGAUUGUGCUAGCGACAAGGUAAAUUGCGAUUGUUGCACAAAAUGCUUUUAGAUUUUUGUGGAAAAGGUCUAUGAGAAUAAAUAGCGUGUAAAAUU